UCUGCCUUCUGCCUCUGCCUUUGCUGCUUUGCGGUGUUGAGCUCUCAAUCAAUCCCUCCCCUCCCUGAUCCCUCGUUGCUGUGAGCCUGUGGCAACGCGUUCUUCUCUCUUUUGUGUGUCCGAUUCCGUCUCCUGUCGUGCUGAGCGCUUUGUUGAUCUCCGCCGCUGUUACCCCGCCGCCCCUCCCUCUGGAACACCACUACUACUACUUCAUCCGACCUCUGACUCCUCCCUCUCUCCCCAUCCAUUCACCUCACCUUCGACAUGGCGUCGGAACAGCCUACUGGCGGAUCGCUCGCCGACCGUAUCUCCAAGCCCGAUGAUGCGAAGCCCGCUGAAACCCCCGACCAGACCGAAGCCCCCGUGCAGGAAGCCGACCAGACUGAAGCUACUGAGACCAGCGACCAGACCGAUGGGGCUGCCGCUGUCCUGGGCGGCUCCGACCUCCAGGAGCCGGACUACACGGUCGAGGUCAAGCUCAGCGAUCUCCAAGACGACCCGAACAACCCUCUGUUUUCCGUGAAGAACUUUGAAGACCUUGGCCUGGACCCUCGCAUCCUCCAGGGCCUGUCGGCCAUGAACUUCCGCAAACCCUCCAAGAUCCAAGAGCGCGCCCUUCCUCUGCUGCUGGGCAACCCCCCCAAGAACCUGGUCGGCCAGUCCCAGUCCGGUACUGGAAAGACGGCCGCCUUCGUCCUGAACAUCCUUAGUCAAGACCCCCAGGCCCUGAUCCUGGCCCCCACGCGAGAGCUGGCGCGUCAGAUCGUCGGCGUCAUCCAGGUCAUGGGUCAGUUCCUGGACGGCCUCGCCAUCGGCACCGCGGUCCCCGCCGACACCAACGCUCGCCCGGCCCGCAUGGAGUGCUCCGUGGUGGUCGGCACCCCCGGCACGGUCAUGGACAUGAUCAAGCGGCGCAUCAUGGUCGCCAACAAGCUGCGCGUGCUGGUGCUGGACGAGGCCGACAACAUGCUGGACCAGCAGGGUCUGGGUGACCAGUGUAUCCGUGUGAAGGCUCUGCUCCCCCGGGACAUCCAGGUGGUGCUGUUCUCCGCGACGUUCCCCGCCCACGUGCACGAGUACGCGUCCAAGUUCGCGCCGCAAGCCAACGAGAUCACCCUGCAGCACGAGGAGCUGACCGUGGAGGGAAUCAAACAACUGUACCUGGACUGCUCCAACGAGGAAGACAAAUACCAGACCCUCGUGCAGCUGUACGGUCUGCUCACCGUCGGCUCUUCCAUCAUCUUCGUCAAGACCCGUACCUCCGCCCAGGAGAUUGAAAAGCGCAUGGUCGCCGAGGGCCACACCGUCGCCUCCCUGACGGGCGGUGUGGAAGGCUCGCAGCGUGACGCGGUCAUCGACCAGUUCCGUGCCGGCCAUGCCAAGGUGCUGAUCACGACCAACGUGCUGGCGCGCGGAAUCGACGUGUCGACGGUGUCCAUGGUCAUCAACUACGAUAUCCCCGAGGUGUACCAACCCGGCGCGCGCGUGCGGCAGGCGGACUUCCAGACGUACCUGCACCGUAUCGGACGGACAGGACGUUUCGGGCGUGUGGGUGUGUCGAUCUCGUUCGUGUCGAACCGGGAGGAGUGGGAGAUGCUCAACCAGAUCCAGAAGUACUUCAGCACGAGCAUCCAGCGGAUCGACACGAAGGACUGGGACGAGGUGGAGGAUGUGAUCAAGAAGACGAUCAAGAGCACGCGUUCCCAGGCGACCUUUGGGAAAUAAGGGGGUGGUUGAGGAUUGGGUUACGGCCGGCCAUGUGGUUUACGUAUGAAGAGUUAUGAGGAUUUCUUUGUGGCUUAAAAUGCAGUCAGAUUAAUA